ACCACCCGCUUCCCUCAACCGCACUCGCCGUUGCGAUUGAAUUAAUUCUUCUCCCAAUUCGUGACAUCGAAAAACCAGAAUCAUGUCAAUCAUUCGAACGGCUCUUUGCAGGGCCUGCCGGCGUUCGCCGCUCCCGCUCCGAAGAGGGCUGGCUACAGCAAGCACCACACGCGACAAUUACGUCAAGCUGGUCGAAGUUGGGCCUCGAGAUGGCCUGCAGAACGAAAAGAAGACGAUUCCUUUACAGACCAAGAUUGAGCUAAUCGAAAGAUUGGCCCGUACUGGUCUGACCACCAUUGAGGCGGGCUCCUUUGUUGCCCCUAAAUGGGUGCCUCAGAUGGCCAACUCUAGCGAAAUCCUUGAACACCUCCUUCAGCACAAGGUCCAAUCGCCUGUUCCAAUUUCAUACGCCUUCCUGGCACCAAACACAAAAGGUCUGCAAAAUGCAGCGGCGCUACUGAAGCAACACGCUGGCGCAUUCACAACCCAAGCCGAGCCCGCUGCGAACGACAACGAAGCGUCCAGACCGGCAAUUGAGAUGGCCGUUUUUGCUGCCGCCACAGAGAGCUUUUCACAGAAGAACCUCAACUGUGAUAUCAAUACAUCUCUGGAAAGAUUCAAGGCAGUUAUCCAGGACUCCAAGGCUCUUGGACUCCGCGUCCGAGCCUACAUCUCUGUUGUGCUUGGCUGCCCCUUUGAAGGGUUCGAUGUUGACCCCCACAAGGUAGCUGAGAUUGCUACAGAGUUGCUCGAAGCUGGUGCCGACGAAAUCUCUCUCGGCGAUACCACUGGCAUGGGAACUGCUCCUCGCACCAGCGCUCUGCUUAAGUGCAUGGCUUCUGCCGGCAUUCGCAACGAAGAUAUUGCCAUGCAUUUCCACGACACCUACGGCCAGGCUCUGGUUAACACUGCUGUUUCCCUAGAGCACGGCAUCCGCACGUUUGAUAGCAGUGUUGGCGGACUAGGCGGCUGCCCUUACAGCCCUGGUGCUACAGGUAACGUCGCAACUGAAAACAUGGUGUACUUUAUGGAGACUCUUGGUAUGGAUACGGGAGUUGACUUGGAUGCUAUGGCUGAUAUUGGAUCCUGGAUUACGAAGGAGAUCAACAAGGCUAACGAGAGCACUGUUGGCAAGGCUGUCCUUGGAGCUCGGGCUAGAGCCACAGCCGAUGCUAUCAAGAAUAUUUAAAACAGGACGGCUGUUGUAGAAUACACGUAUGAAAAAUAUAUACUAAAAGUCAAAUCGUAUGUAUUAUGGUACUGUUUAAUGUGGUAGAUUAACUUCCGUGUUCGUCACCCAAAUAUACU